CUGGAGAGACACAAUUUACUAAAAUUUUGGACGAAAAUUUUGCCAACCAAACAAAACGGAACAGGAAAAGAAGAAAACGAAAGUUCCAAAUUUCGUGCCGAAUCCGACCGAAGGAUUCUGACAAAAUGUUGAAAAUGCAUGUUCGAGACAAGAUGUCAACGUUUUCUUGGUUUCUUAUUUUGGCUGGAGUGUGUACAACGACCUCCUCCUGUUUGACUGACGAGGGAUCUUUAGAUGAUGGGGGAUGGUCUACAUCAAAGAAAGAUAUGCUUGCUGUUCCUGGUCCAUGUGAUAUUGAAGUGAGAGAUGCGAAAGGACUUUCUCAGCAAGAGUUUCUGAAUAGAUAUGCUUAUGAUCUGCCUGUCGUUAUACGAGGAGCAACUGACAAUACUGUUUUUCAAGACCAAUGCAGAAAGGAAAACAUGAUGAAAGACUAUGCUUCCAAACGAAUUAAACUGAGUUCUGCGAAUACUCAUUCAUAUGAAAAAGUUGAAGUGACCUUACAAGAAUAUGUGGAUAAAUAUUUGAAGCCACAGACAUUGAAAACUUUAGGAAAUGAGACAUUUUACUGGUUUGGUGACAACAACUUUACAGAGUGGCAGUCCCUCAUUGACUUGUAUCAGCCACCCCCAUAUUCUGUGCCCGAUAUGACAGGAGCGUACAGUUUUGGCUUGGCAGGUGCUGGGACUGGGGUACCUUUUCACUUUCAUGGCCCUGGAUUUGGAGAAGUUGUCUUUGGUCGCAAGAGGUGGUUCAUGUACCCGCCCAAUAAAACUCCUCACUUCCACCCAAACCGUACAACUCUGCAGUGGUUACAUGAAGACUAUCAAGAGUUGCACCCACUUGAGAGACCCCUGGAAUGCACUAUAUCAAAGGGAGAGUUGAUCUACUUCCCUGACAGAUGGUGGCACGGGACCUUGAACAUCGACACUAGUGUGUUUAUCUCUACUUUUUUGGCAUACUAAGAAGGGGGUGUCUGAUCACAAUGUGCAAUUAAUUGUGUGAAAAGUUUAUGUUGUGGUGCCUCUGUGUCAUUGAUCAUAAUAAUUGAGUAUUGAUUGGUGUGUGUGCAUUUGUUAGGUCAUAAUUCAGUAUAAUACGGAUAGCUCGAAUUCUUUGGGAAAGGCCUCGGAAGUUCGAGGGAUCCGUAGUUCGCGGGAUAUCUUUCAAAAGUAAAUAAGAAAAAACGGAACCGCAUGCACUGUUCGACGGUUGCAUGAUUCCGAGUCUUCUGUGUUCGACCUAUCCGUGUUACACUGUAUUUUGGUUCAAUGAGGAAGAUGAAGUUAUAGCAAAGCAGAAGCUGUUGUCAUAUUGUUUAUAUGAAAAAUGUUAUGACAUGCUUGGGUGUGUGAGUGAGAGAAAGCCACCAUGUUUAAAAAGAUUUGUAUGAUUAUAAUGGUCAACAUAUUACUUGCAAUGUGAUAGUACAGUAAUGUCUCUUGGCUUGUUGUUAAUGUGAUCACUUUUCCAAACAGAUUUAGAAGAUUUUAUUACAGUCUGAUGCUACAGCUGACUGACUGAUCACCAUUCUAAGAGGAAUGAAAUGAUAAUAUUUACAAAAUAUUGAGCCCAGUAAAAUGUGUAUGACUAUUUUUUCAAUCUUACUGUUCUUGAUUUAUGUUUGUCUAUUGAAUUCCUUUAAAUUAUAUGAUUGCCAUAUGGGAAAUGCUUUAUCUGCAUCAGUAUGUAGUCUUACGACAUCGAGUUACAGAAUUGCAUGCAUUGUGGAUUUUCGCCAAAUAUUAUUUUAAUUCAGACAAGAAAAAGUGCAAAAAGACAGCUUGAGAAGAGCAAAUAAUCUCCAUAGUGGUUAUAUUGUGUUGGAUUAUGGCAAGAUUAUUGGUGCGGGAAACAGAAGCAGAGGAAAUAAUUGCCCCUUCCUGACACUCUUACCAAAAGUUGAAUCAGACUGGAAGUAAGACAUUUCAUACUGUGUGCUGGAUUAAGUUAAUAGCUCUCUGAAUGUUAGUUUUAAUGAAAAUCUUAAGCACCAUGUCAAAGCAAAUUCUUUUCUCCUUGUUCGUUUUGUCUCCUGAAGUUCAGUUCUCAAGUGUCUGAUUAGUCUGAAUAGUAAGUGCAUUUUAUUGAAUGCAAAUGUGGCAUUUCUACUUUCUAUUACAGCUCUCUGAUUCCCAUUUGAUAAUGUUACGGUUUUAUGUUUUUAUUGAAUUUUUUGACACUGUUAUUGUAUGCUUUUACCUUCAGUUCUUUUUUAACAGUCGUGAUUUAUUUAUCUGUAGUCACAGUAGUAGGUCUUUGAUUAGAUCUCUUUUGUUUUGCCUUUGGAAACGGACAUGUUUGGAAAUUAUUGAAGCAGACAGAACAGAAACAAUGGCGUUUUUAAAAAAUUUACGUAAUAUAUUAAGCUGAUUAUGGCGUUACUGAUCAUUGUGAGUUUGGUAAUAGUAAUAGAUAACAGUAUAAUUUAUAAAACAAAAAUAUUAGCAUGAAAGAUGUAAUGUAAGAAGAAUUUUUUUCUUAUUUCUAUUUAAUAUCAAUCAUUAUUGUAAUAUAGAAUAAUUUAUUUCCCCUUCUGAAUGGAGGGCAGCACGAAUGACUUUUUGCAAUCAAAUGCACUGCUGAAAGGCUUUGUAGGCUAUGCAUGAUGUUGCUGGAAGUAGCAGAUUAAUCACAGCUGUCUUCACCACAGAUCUCUCCCUUACAGAUGCCUGUUCUUGUGUGGUCCAAAAUACUGGCAGCAAUAUGUUAUUUUUUUAAAAACAACCUGUCAGCUUCAUGUUGUUGGUUUUUUUUGUGUUACUCAUGAAUAAAUUACUUUAUUCUAGAA